AUGGCCACUCUCCAAUCCAGUCGGUCUGAGAUAUUAGUCGAAGCUGAGUCCUUUGACGACUUCGGCGGUUGGGUCAUGGAUUCACAAUUCGAUCUGGAAAUGGGCUCACCUUAUUUGCUUGCCCACGGAAACGGAGCACCUGUCGCAGAUGCAACAACCAUCAUCGAUACUUCGCCAGGGGUAUAUCAUAUCUGGGUCCGGGCCAAGGAUUGGGUUCCAGGCCAUCACCCUGGAAGAUUCACUCUAAUAGUCAACGGGAAAACCCUGCACCAUGAGUUCGGGGCGAACGAUCAAGAUUGGUCGUGGGAAUAUGGGGGAAGUGUUCCGCUUGACGGAAAGACAGAACUCGCAUUGCACGAUCUGACUGGCUUUUGCGGGCGUUGUGAUGCUAUUUUUCUCAGUCGGAUAGGUGAACCUCCUCCACCCGGUGCAGGACGAGCUUGGAGACGAGCUCUGCGCGGACUUCCCCAAGCCCCAGUUGAUAUUGGGGAGUUCGAUGUCGUUGUCGUUGGCGGUGGUAUUGUUGGAUCUGUUGCUGCACUUGCCGCUGCGCGCUUGGGAGACCGUGUUGCACUUCUUCAUAAUCGGCCGGUCCUCGGCGGCAAUGGAAGUGUUGAGAUUGGCCUCCGACCGCGUGGUAUAACAGGGCCUUUGAUUGAUGAAAUAUCUCAGCGACACUCAAAUGGUGAUUUGCAUGCAGAAAGUCUGCUGGGGGCUGAGGCAAAUGCUACGGUGUAUCUGGAGCACACGGUUUAUGACACCAUUACCAGCAACUCACGUAUCCUUUCUGUGGAUGCUUGCGAGGCCCGAACUGGACGAGAAAUCCGCCUCUCUGCGACUUCCUUCAUCGAUUGCUCGGGAAAAUGCAUACUCGGCCUGUUAUCGGGAGCUAAAACACUCUUCGGCCAGGGAUCCAAGAACGAGUAUGGCGAAGGUCUGGCGCCGACCGAAGGUGAUGACUACAUACACCACGGCAACACAGUAUUCUUCCGGACAAAAAUGGCAGAUUCUGCCAUCGACUUCCCCAGCGUCCCAUGGGCAACUGAGGUAUCAAAAGACUACUCUAAUCUUGGCGGCCAGCUUGUAAAACCUGGUAUAGAGAAUGGCCCAGGGCCUGCUCUACCGCCAAAGGGUGCGGCAGAUCCUUCAGCCUCUCUAGCCCGUCGUAUGAAGGGGCCGUUAACUCAUUUUUGGGAGUAUGGUCAGCGGUUAGAUCCCUAUUCUCAGGGUGAACACAUCCGCGACCAUCUCCUCCGGGCCAUCUAUGGAACAUUUUGGAAUGUCAAGAGAGACCCCGAAUACGCCAACCUCGAGCUCGAAUGGGUUGCCUUCGUCGCAGCACAGGGGGAAUUUCGCCGGUACAAGGGUGACUAUAUACUCACCGAGACGGACAUCCGUGUUCAUAAACGAUUUCCGGAUGGUGUCGUCAAGAACGAUGGAGCCUUUUGUCUCCACUACCCUGGAGACAAUGAUGCAAAGUACGACUUUCGGCUUAAAUACUGGGAAUGGGAUGAACGAGAUCAGAAGCCCUACAAAAUCCCCUCCCGCUGUCUUUACUCAGAGAAUAUAUCUAAUCUCCUGGUGGCGGGUAAGCAUAUUAGUGUGACUCGCGUCGCUAGUUCAAACACCAAGUUUAUGGGGAAUGGCGGGCAGCAUGCUAUUGCCGUUGCAGCGGCAGCCCAUUUGUGCAAGAAGUAUAAGACCACACCUCGCGGGAUGCACUAUCAUUUAUCAGAGCUUAAGGAGUUGUGUCUUCGGUUCACUGGACUGGGUGAUCCAGACUGUCACGGUGAGGCGAAGUCCACAGCCAAGCUUUGA